AUAAUUUCUGGUUGGGUCUGUGGGGACAGCGAGCCAGUAAGAUCUUUUGACCUGGGGCACCCCUCCCUCGGGCGGAAGCUAUAAGGAGACAGGAUGAAAUAAGAUUGGGGGUGUGGCUUCCGGGCUGCGCCUUCUUUUGGUCCGUCUCGGUUCUUAAACUGUCUCUGAUCUAAAUACUAGCAUUGGAAUAAACUAGCAACAGCGCAGAUGUCAGUUGUGGUGGGACCUACUGGAAAGGGUGCGGGCUUGGCGCAGUGAAAAUUAUAGGCGACUGCUAUCACCAAAUCGGUGCACAGGGCUUUUGUCUUCAAUUACAUAUACACCAAUAGGGAUUUUUAUAUAAUUGUAUCGAUAUUUAUUACAAACAUUAAAUUGAACAUAUACAACAAUGAGCUCUACCAACGUAAAGAAGUUAAAGGUAAAUGAGUUGAAGGACGAGCUAAAGAAGAGGAAGCUGUCGGACAAGGGGCUGAAGGCCGAGUUAAUGGACCGGCUACAGGCCGCACUGAACGAAGAGGCUCAAGCGGGAGGAGAUAAUGCCGACAAGAAGGCUGGCCAAGGCGACGGGACAGUCAGCCUAGAUGAUAUGGGAGAGGAGGAUCUGGAUGAAGACCUGGUUAGGGAGAGUAUGGAGGCGGACGGAGAGGAAGAUGGAGACAGGUGCGAAGGGAAAGCAGGGAAUAUCGACGAUGAUAUGGGCGAGGAUGCCGGAGUGGAGAUGGAUAAAUCGGACGAUGAGGAAGAUGCUUUAUUAAAAGAAGAUGACGAGGAAAUGGACAAUGAUGAUGAUGCACUAGGAGUUCUCCCUGUAGAGGGGGAUGCGGACAAAGACACGAGUGCUGAGCAGAAGAAUAAGAAGGGUGUUAAGAGACGCCGGGAGGAACAUGGAAGGGGCUACUUUGAGUUUAUUGAAGAAAGCAAGUACAGCCGGGCCAAGUCACCCCAGCCCCCCCUGGAGGAAGAGGACGAGGAGAUUGACGACACCACUGUCUGCUUGGAUACUUAUAACAGCGACCUGCAUUUUAAGGUGUCCCGGGACCGAUACAGCGCAUCAUCUCUCACCAUGGAGAGCUUUGCCUACCUGUGGGCCGGAGGCCGGGCCACGCAUGGGGUGGCUGAGGGGAAGGCCUGCUUUGAGAUGAAGAUCAUUGAGAAGAUCCCCGUCAAGCACAUCUCCAGCAAAGGCAUAGACAUCCACGAGGUUCUGGUGGGCUGGUCAUUAGCCAAUGGAACACUGUUGCUAGGAGAGGAGGAACAUUCGUAUGCCUUCUCUGCCAAAGGGAAGAAAACCACCAAUUGCUUUACUGAGGACUUUGGAGAGUCCUUCGAUGAAAACGAUGUUGUCGGAUGCCUGAUUAACUUUGAGGGCUCAGAGGUGGAGCUGUCAUUCAGUAAGAACGGCCAGGACCUGGGUGUGGCCUUCAAGGUGGACAAGGCUUCUCUGGACGGACGGCCAGUCUUCCCUCACGUCCUCUGUCACAACUGUGCUGUGGAGUUCAACUUUGGACAGAGGGAGGUGCCAUUGUUUUCCCUACCAGCCGGAUACAGCUUCAUGCAACAGAUUCCCAUCAACAAGAGAGUCAGAGGUCCCAAGGGGCCAGACACCAAGGAAGACUGCGAGGUGAUCAUCAUGGUCGGGCUGCCUGGGGCUGGAAAGACUGCAUGGGUCACCAAGCACACCCAGGAGCAUCCUGGGAAAUACAACAUCCUGGGAACCAACACCAUCCUGGAGAAGAUGAUGAUCACUAGUUUGAAACGCCAAAUGAAGGAUGUUACUAAACUCACCGCCAUCUCCCAGCGUGCUCCUCUUUUCCUUGGAAAAUUCAUUGAAAUUGCUGCUCGCAAAAAGCGGAACUACAUCCUUGACCAGACCAAUGUGUCCGCGCAUGCACAGAGGAGGAAGAUGUGUUUGUUUGCAGGCUUCAGACGGAAGGCUGUGGUGGUUUGUCCUACUGAUGACGAAUACAAGCAGAGGACACAGAAGAAAGCUGAGACGGAAGGGAAAGAUGUACCAGAGCACGCUGUGCUCAAGAUGAAAGGUCUCUACACCUUACCACAGCUUGGGGACUGCUUCAGUGAGGUCAGCUAUGUGGAGCUGCAGAAGGAUGAGGCCUCCAAGCUAUUGGACCAGUACAAGGAAGAGAGCCAAUCUGCUCUUCCCCCAGAGAAGAAGGCCAACCAGGGGGGCGGGCCGCCUAAGAGAGGGGGCAACCAGCGUGGCCGUGGGGGCAGAGGGCAGGGACAGAGGGGUGGGCGAGGAGGUUUUCAGAUUAGAGGCAACUUCAGGGGAGGUCCAGGACCUCGUGGGGUAUUCAACCGCCCUCCCAGAGGUUUCUCCCCACCUCCGGCCUUUCGAGGGGGCUUCUCCAACCACGCCACCUUCAACAGGGGAGCCAGGGGCAUUCCCAGCAGAGGGGGUGCACCCAGGGGGGGUCCUGGCAGGGGCAACAUGAGUAACAUGGGGAGCAACAUGGGGGCUAACAGGGGUGGCAACAUGACCCAUGGUGGACGUGGGGGCAACAGGGGCAGCUUCCCACAGUUCAGAGGCAGAGGGGGCAACAACCGCAGCUUCAACAAGAACGGCAGAUUUGGCAUGAACAAAGCCCAGGCUUUCAACCAGAGUUGGCAGGAGGGGUUCUGGAAUCAGAAGCCAUGGAGUCAACAAUACCACCCAGGAUACUACUGAUUGUGUGCGGUAGAAAAGACUGACUGACACACAACCCCCCCAUGUCAGUACAUCAUGGCGAACCAACAUCCAGUCCUGUUAGUCUUUGUGUUAUUUUGUGCUCCUCCUUUUUUCCUUCUCCUCUUCCUUCGUUUUAAGAAGGAGCAUUCCACUCUGAGAUGGAUUGCACGUUCUGAGACAAAGACAAACAACGCUUUUGUGGAAUCCUUUUACUUUUAUGCUUUUUUUGGUUUUGCACAUUUUGGCUGGCUUUUACAUUUCAUGUCCAGCUUGGAAGUGUUCAUCGGAAUUCUUGCCUUCGUCCAGCGUGGGAUGUCUCUUAAAAAAAACGUUUCAGGGUUCUGUGUUUUUAUCGGUAAAGAUGUACUUUUUACUACAAUGGUGAUGAUGAUGGAUUAUAAUGAUAAUAUAUAUUUAUUUCAUAUUUGUUUGCUUAAUAUAUUGUUGAAUUAUGUUUUUUAAGAGUCAGGAGAGACUAGCACGCCCUUAAGGGGCAUGCAUGUUGGGGUUGUGAGUUGUUGUAAUUCAUGUCCUGCUACAAAGACAUUUUAAAGUGAAGUUUAAAAUUUAAUAAAAGAUUAAACGCUUUUAAAAAAUGUAUAUGUCUAAUUUAAGUCACAGAUAGAAUUGCCUUGUCUUGAUGCUUACUUCAAAUUCAUAUUUCUGAAUGUCAGAGGUGAUAAAAGAGCCUUUGAAUUCAAAAGCACCUUCUCAGAGUAGAUCUCAGUUUUAACGCAUAAAAUGAAGAUGGCUGAUCUACAUCUAGUUCCACAGGCACUUACAGGCUUUCCUAGAAAGCAGUCCGUUAUUUAUAUGAAUGGGUCACUUCCUCAGUAAUCUGUACCACAGUAGGGGGACAGCCAUGCAGAAAGGAGCACAAUGUUGUAUAAAGUCCACAUAGAAAAAUAUAAUGUAGAAUAGACCUGCCUCUCAGACACAGCAUGAGGAAUUAUGUCAGCUAUAUUCAUUUUAAUGAGCCCAUUCAAAAGACUGUGAUUGCCAGCAGCUGAAUCAGGGGAGUGGAACUACUGAUACGCCCGGAAGACCGAUACUGACAUUCACCCAGUCCAGCAUCAGGGGAAUGGAACUACUGAUACGCCCGGAAGAC